AUGUUCGACGUGUACACUCCCGUCAGUUUUUUGUUUAACGCUGCAUGUGCCUUUGCUGUAUUGCAGGCGUGGCAGAUGCCUUUGCAGCAGAACGAUGUUGACUGCGGCAUCUUCGUCUGCCAGUACAUUCAUGCGCUUGUGGAGGCGUGUUUCGAAGGUGCUGAGAACGGGGUGCGGUUCAGCAUGAGCCCGUUGGCGUAUCGACGUGGGUUACGGGAGGAUGUAUGCGCUCUUGCAGAAGGGCGGCUGAUCGGCGAGCUCACGGCAGCUGGGCAUGAGAUCCCUCCUGGCAAUGAGAUAAGGAAACCGCAUGAGGCUGAGGUGAUUGGUGAUGAGGUGGAGGAUAAGGAGUGGAGAGCGGAGAUGGCAGAACGGAUGCAUAGGCUGGAGGUUCGCAAUGAGGGUCAAGCAGUGGCUAUUGCCAAGCUCGAGAGGCGAUUGCGUGUGCUGAUGCUUUCCCGUGCUCCGCAGCAUGGCGUUGACGGUGAGGCUGCAGGGGAGGGACAUGGUAAUGAGGCUGGGGAUGGUGGAACUGGUGAACCUGCAGCUGUGGAAGUCAAGGGUGGGGUCAAUGCUGGCACACAUGACAUCAUGGGAGGGGCACAUGGAGAGGGUCUUGUGGCCGCCGUUGAGACGGGUGAAGGUGUGAAAGACAGUAUCCUGGAAGCCGCAACAGCCUAUGCAGCAGCCGCUCACAUCUGCCGACCGUCCCUCUCCGGCUCUAAGAUGGUGGAGUUGAGCGAGGAGGACAGGAGCCAGCAGCCGCCUUUGCGGGACACGCCGGUGCAACCCUAA